CCGGCUCAUAAAGCCAAUCGCAUCUCCUCGAGCUUCUAAAGCCUCGUUGAGCUAUCGCCGCAACGGAGGAGCCGGAGAAGAGGCGCGGCGAUGGCGGAGGUUGCGAGCUCGGUGGUGCACGAGGUGCUAGCUCGUCGGAUGGUGGAGGUUGAUAAGCCCAUCAUCGAAUUACAUUAUCAACGUUCCUAGCUGACGAGGACUUCGACUUCGGCGUCGAUGGCGAUGGUGCUUUCGAGGCCGUCGAUGACCUCCUCGUUGAUUCCGGCUGUGUCGAGGACUAGGAACAAGGCCAAUUGCAACAAAUUUGAAUUCUCCACCCCUGAUGAGCAACCUAGUCUGCCCAUCAUAAGUUUCAGUGAUGCAUCAUUCGGUUAUCCGGGGGAGCCUACCUUGUUUAAGAAUUUGAAUUUUGGAAUAGAUCUAGACAGUCGACAGUUGAAUAUCGACUCCCCUGUCAAAGAGAGCUAAAGCUAGCUCAGUGAAGGUUAAUCUUUAUGUGAUCCCAUCAAGGUGAUAUAGGAGAUCUUGGAGAGUG